AUGACUGAGGCUCGGCCCGCCGACCGCCGCGAGCUUCUGCGAGUAAAGCGGGAAGAAUACAGCUCAAUUGUACGGUCGCGCAAACGGAAGCUUCGCGAGCUAUACGCACUUGCGACCGACAGCAACGCCGCUCUAAAUACGACCGUCUUCGACCUCGACGCGCCGGCAUCCACACAAGCCGAAACAAAUUUUCUGAUCGAAACGGACAUCCUAAAUGGCCGACCUCUUAACGAUGCGCUUAUACCACCAUGGCAAACGCCAAAUCUUGACGUCUUGAAACGACAACUGCGGCCUGCCACACCUCCCUUGGUCCAGACGGAAGCUGCACACGCUGUGAAGGCGACUGCCGACCACAAGACGCACCCGACGACACAUGUCGAGCGCAGCGAACCGCCGCGCAAACAGACAGACGAGGCCCCGGCACCACCACCUCUUCCGCCGUUGCAUCAUGGACCAACUUCGCCAAACCAGUUGUCGAAUGCGCCAUCGACCGAUCCGGCAACCCUGACUUCGCGGCGCACCGGUUCCUUGACACCACAGGCGCCUCCUCAACCGAUAGCCGACCCGACUCCGGCGCAGAAAGAUGGCUCUCUUUCGCUCAUGGAGGUUCAGCCGACGCCGAGUGGGCACAAUAUUACUGCGCCAUUGCUAGACACCCAAGCUGUAUCGCCUCGGCAGUCACCCGGUUCGAACCGCUACGGCCAUCCAGUCGCUGCUCAAGACGCAGAGAAGCGCAUGGACAUGCACGAAGACGCUGCCACUCCCACCAACAAACGACCAUCCCCCGACCCAUCCAGAGCUGCCGACAUACCAUCAUCACCUGAUUCGAUUGCACAAACCGCGACGACCCCAGCGGUCCACGAAGUUUCGACCAACACUAGUCCUGAGAAUGAGGCCGAUUCAUAUGCCGACAAAGAAGAGCAUACGGCUCACGAUCACGGCCCCGAUAAGACACAGGACAGCCAACACUCUGUGUCUACUGGUGAUACGCGUGACGACACUGUCGAAGCGCAGCUUCUCCAUGAGUCGGCUGCGGCAGGCGAGACGCAGGACGACCAGAAAGUGCACGGCAGCGAAGCACUUUCCUCAUCCGGCACAGUUGCAAUUGAAAAUGGACCGGUGCCCGGAAAGAGCAACGGCGCUGAAGCAGCUGCACCUUCCAGUGAGGCGCCAGAGGCAGCAGCACCUCUGACCACAGAACAACAGACGUUUGCUCAGCAGUCCAAGUGGCUGAAGAACCUCGACCAGCUUGUCCACCAUGCACGGAAGACGAUAUCGACGGCUGACCUGCAGGCCUCCAUAUUUGACAGCCAGUCGUGUAAAAUCCUGAAGCGCGUCUAUCACUUGCAGCAGCAAAGAACAAAAUGGUCGCUGCGCCAGCCGAAGAGGUGCCCAGAGCCGAUACGCACCAAGUCACACUGGGAUGUUCUAUUGCAGGAAAUGAAGUGGAUGCGAACAGACUUUCGAGAGGAGCGCAAGUGGAAGAGGUCCACUGCUCGAAACCUAGCUAUUGCUUGUGCUGUUUGGGUUGCCUCCUCACCCGAGCAAAAGAAGGCACUACGGGUCAAUGCUUAUAUUCCUCCUAAACCUGAAGAAAAGAAAACGCCUGCCAAGGUUGUCGAGGCCGAAGAUGUGGGCGUGAUUGGCAACGCUAUGAUCGAUGCAGCCGUCAGAAGCGAAGAGAGCGACACUACGCCUGCCGAUAUGGAGCUUACUCUCGUCGAUGAACGCGACAUUCUCGUGGACUUUGUUGACACUAUUUCACCGUCAGCCAUCUUCACCAUGCAGGAGGAUGCUGUGGUGUUCAGUCUGAAUCCAUCGUCAGCUUCAGAUACGCUGUUGGCUGAGCUGCCCAUGUAUGGCACACCUCUCGAAGUGCCUCAACCAGACUUGAUCAAGCCAGACCACGAUCCAGACGCCUCAUGGCGUCGUCCUGUUGUACCCGUCAGCAAAUACAUCGAGUCUCCCAUUGUUAUAUCUUCGAGGGGUCCACCGAAAAAGAUUGGACGCUAUGAAGUCAUAGACGAGGAAAGCGACAGCGAUGAUGAGUUUGUCUACAGCACCGCGAGCGGCCUGAUGGCUGCAAUGACUACGACGAACAUGGCGGCAGAGUAUGAUGUCGGUCUGUUUGACCCGUCGCUCAAGCCAGUUCGUGAGCGUCUCCACGCAGGCCACCAGUUCCGACCGCCAUCCGAGUAUCCGAUGCCGAUGCAAUGCUUCUACGAAUACAGGGCGCCAUCUCAAUGGACCGUCGCCGACGAUGAUCAGCUUAAAAGGCUGGUACGUGAGCUCUCGUAUAACUGGUCGCUCAUUGCCAGCAUUUUGGCUACAAAGUCUCUCUUUGCGUCUGGGGCAGAACGCCGAACUCCAUGGGAGUGUUUCGAGAGAUGGGUCAGUCUCGAAGGCUACCCUAGUGAUGCUUCUCGCUCGCCCUACUUCAAGGUCUAUCAGUCCCGUAUUGAUUUAGCUCAGCGCGCUAUCAAAGAGGCGAAUGAGAAGGCCAUGGUGACGGCGGCGGCAGCAGCCGCAGCAGCAGCCGCAGCACAGACAAAGGGAGCUGCAAACUUACCUCCGCACGCGCCUGUGCAAAGACGCCGGCCCACGCUGGCUGUCCGGGUGGAAAGGCACCGCAAUCAGAAGUAUCUCGCGAUGAUUGAGUCGAUGAGGAAAUUGGCUAAGAAACGGGAGGUCACUCUGCACAAACAACAGCAGCAAGCCCAUGCUGCGGCAUCCCGCAAGGCAAAUGAGCCAGUGCAGCAGAAGCCACCUACCAAGAGCCCGAAGGAAUAUAGCCGACUGCGCUGGGAACGGGACCAGAAGAUGGCCGAGAGAAUGGCAGAACUUGCACAAAGGCAAAGUGAUGCUAACAGGAGGAACUUCCUGGCUCGGUCCCAGGGCCAAUCGAUGGCAGCACCUGGCGGUGUAGGUGCGGUUCCGCCGCAAGUUGCCGCCCAGAUGGCAGCUAAUUCCAUGAACAUGGCAGCCCGUGUGAAUGUGGCCGGUCAGCACGGUGCUGUGCCAGGGCAGCCACGGCCGCGGAUGCCGAUGCAAGUGCCGGUCAACCCAAUGGUUGGUCUGCAGGCGCAUAUGGCGGCUGGCACUGCGCCGACGCCUAUCUCGCCGGGCAGCGUGCGCUCCGUUAUGAGCGGAAUAAAUCAGCAGAACUUUUUUGCCAACUCACAAGCUGGUGUGGCCCAGUUCAACUCUCCGAACGUCCCGGGGCAUGGGCUCUCCGGUGGCUAUGACUAUGGCAUCUUUGCCGGCGGGAUCUCCCCGGCCCUGUCACUGCGCCUCAGCAGUUGCCUCCAAACGCACGAACGAUGGCUUUCCAAAAACUACUCGCAGAUCAUGCUGCUGCAGAGGGCUACUGCCAUGCAUGCAGCAUCUGGGACUGGCCCACAACAGCCUCUAGCAGGGACGAGCCCACGCCAGUAUGCGCAGCUCCUGCGGGCCCAACAGGCCCAACAAGUUCAGCAGGCGCAGCAGGCAGGACCGCACCACACAGCGACAGGAGCGCAGGGCGUGCAAGGUGCACAGCACCCGGUACAGCGCCAGGGCUCGCCGCUGACGGCGGCACAACUUCAGGCAGCUCAGAACGCGCGGCAGGCUAAUGGAACAGCCGUUGCUGGUGGGGCUUUGUCGUCUCCCUCCAAGUAA